GUGUAUUUAACUUUUAUACUUUAAAUGUUUCUGUAUUGUUAAAUAAUACAUAUAUUUGAAUGGCUGGGAGGGAGGGAAGGGGUAAAUAAUAUAGCUAUUAAAUAAGUUUUUAAUGUGUAUUAAUUAAAUGAAUAGUUCACCCAAAAUGAAGACAGAAUUGAUCAUAUACUCGCCCUCGAGUAGUUCCGCUUCUGUAUUUUUAUUCUCCCGAAGAUAUUUUGGAAAAAGUUUGUAACCAGGUUGUUUUGCGUCGACUAACAGUUUUUUUUUUUUUUUUUGGUUGUGUUUUUCCCCCACUAGUCAGUAGUUACCCAAAAUAACCUGGUUACACACUCAUACAGAGUAAAUGAUGGAAGAAUUUUCAUUUUUGGGCGAACUAUUCAUUAAAGAUUAAUAUAACUGUAAUUUUUUUUUUUUUUAAGGGUUUAAGUUAUUUUACUCGCAUACGCUUACCAUUAUGUAUUAUUAUCAUUACUAAGUAAUAAAAUACUUUAAUAAUGACAGUACUUAGAUGACAAAGGUCUCUGCAUUGGCAAAACCUCCUGUAAUAAAACUGAGUGAGGCUCCAGCAGAUUAUUCACUGGUGUGAUAUGAUAUGAUAUGAUGUUGCUCAUGGCGCAAAUCUUGAAACGUGUGUGAACGGAUGUGAAACGUGAAACAUUAAAGUACACACCACUCGAGGUCGUCUUAAAGAUCGGGUCGAAGUCUAUUCACACAUGCUUUGAAACGUGCCGUAGCUUCACUUACUGUCUGGCGAUGCGUCUAAAUUUUCGCCGUUCAGUCAAGGAUUUCUUUACCUGCUCGUUGAUUGUUUUUUAAUGCACCAGCAAUACUCCUCAUAAACAUUAAAACUGUUGUGCAUGAAAACCAGGGCGCAUUUUAUGGUGAGAGAGUCAAAAUCACUUUUUGCCUCUGUUUUGACGCCUUUUUUUUUUUUGCAUGACGUGCUUUUAUGCAUCGAGUUUAGAAUAGUUUGACGAGCAGGUAAUUUAUUAGUUAACUUAGUGUUUCUGAGUGAUUCAUCAGAGGAGGAAAAGCAGGUGUGUGUGUGAGAGAGAUAUAGUUUGCUUUGGGAACACACUACAAGCGUUGCAGGUGAGAGGUAAGUCAGAGUUCUUGUUUGCCAUAUAACGCGAUAUGCUGGCGUUCAAAAGUUAUAUUGUCAUUGUUGUAAUUCUAAUCAAAAUACACUUUUUUAAUUUAGAAACGUCUAAACAUUUAUUUUAAAUUGUGAAUUUGAUGUACUGCUUAAAUGUAAAUAUAUAGGCUAUAUAAAAACAAAUAAAUACAUCUAACCCUAAACUUUUGAACGGUUUCCAUUUCUUUUGAUUUUUUUUUAUCGUCUCUUUCCUCAAAGUUAAGAUUUCUUACUACUUUUAGCAUAAUGACCAUAAACUGCACUUAGUUGAAAUGGUUUGCUGUAAUCGCUGUAUCUCCAGCUAGCAUGCUAAAAAUCAUUUCAGUGGUGGUUGUAGUCUUUUCUCACUGUCAUAUUUUGCAUAUUGUUCACUUUGUCGAUUUCUGUGAGUUUAACAGACUAUGAACGAUCUUAUUGAUGGUUAAAUUACAGUCCUUUGCAUUUGAGCCCUGAAUUAAUAUUGCAUUAUAAUAAAUGUUAACAAGCUAGCGCGCAAUUUCCAAUGAAAAGGGUAAUGAAAAGGAAUCAAAGUAAAAAAGGGAGUUUCAUUCUAUUUGUCAGAAAUGUAAGGUGGCUUUUUCAUAUAUUAAUCUUUAAUAAAGACUUUCAACACCACUAUAACCCGGACAGGUGCGUGUCGAAAAACGUGACACCCCCUUAAACACUGAUAUAUUUAUGGGGCUGUAAAAAUCUAAGCAGGUUGUUCCUGUGUUUAUCUAUUGUUGACGUCUAAAUUUGUUCCCUGUGUGCAAUCCAUUAUACAUAAUAUUAUAUGUAUAUAACACAUCAUUUGUAAUAGUAUAAAAUGCAAUAUUAAUGUAAUAAUAAUGAAUCAAAUAUUUUUUUUUUUAUGUCUGGACACUUUUGUAUGCACUGGUUGAAUGUCCUGUGAAGACUUUCUAGGCAAAUGUUCAUUGAUUAAAAUGUUUGCUAGGUGAAAGUGUAAUCUGUAUAUGCUAAUGAAUGUGUUUUUAUGUAAAGACACCUGAUCUUUCUACAGGUGAUCUGAUUGGGCCAUCAUGUGGGUAUGGGCAUUACUUCCUGUCUCUCUGGCAGUAUUUGGGACUAUAGGGAUGUGGGCUGUGUAUGCCAUAGCUGUGUCCAAUAACACUGUUAAUAUAACAGAAGAAUUCCCUUUCAUCAGCACAUGUGGCUCCUACAACCCCCAGAGCUGCCUGUUUUCUCAGAUCUGCAAUGUAUGCUGUGUGCUGGCUUUGUGGAUUGUCACGAUCAGAUUUCAGCAGGUCUGUGAUUUGGGCUCUGGGUCUCAUUUAAACACGGCCGGUUUGGUGCUUGGCUUCAUCUCUAGCAUUGGGAUUUCCAUCCUUGGGAACUUCCAGCAAUCCGUACUGAAGGGAGUUCAUCUUUUCGGGGCGCUCUUGGCCUUCUUACUGGGUUUGGUUUAUUUCUGGAUCCAGGCGUGGCUUUCGUACCACAGCCCGCCGUCACAUGACCGCAAGUGGGUGGUGCCGGUGCGCAUCAUCCUCUGCAGCCUGUGCACUGGUUUUGUCAUCUGCAUGUUCGUACUCUAUAAAACAGGGUUUCGCUCGGAAGCUGCCAUGUGUGAAUGGGCUCUGGUCAUGUGUUUUUUUGCGCUCUUUGCUGUUUUUGCAGCCGAGUUCAGACACGUUGACUGCCACAAGCUCACCGUACAGAACGAGGGAAGGAAAAGCAUCGGUGAAUCUAAUGGCGUGUGGACUAUACAGGAGAUCCACUAGAAACACCUGGCAAGUUGGGUUCGUGACAGAUACGUACAAGUUAAUGCAGACGCUAUGAACUAUAACCUGCGCAGCUCUGCUGGAGUACACAGAAAAUCCACAUUUUAAAAUAUAAAUGAUAUGUUGAAAAAAUGCUAUGCAAGAAUAUUGUUUACUUGACAUUUACGUGAUGUUAAAUUAUAGUUUAUAAUGGAAAACGUGUUUUAUCAGUAGUUUUUUCAGGGAACAGUUAGACCUCAGGCAGGUAGUGUUUACAUAAUGUUAAAUAUAUUGUGUUAUAAAUAUUUAAUUCUAUCUGACUGUUAUAAAAAGCUAUUAUUGAAUAUGAAGAAAUGAGUAACAUUGCACGAUGUGAAAUAAAUGAAAAGGUUUAGCUCAGUUUAGCUAGAUGUUCACUUUCCUAUCUAGAGCUUAUGAACCAGAGACACCUGUAGAAGUUUGUCUUUGAACUUUUUUUUUUUUUUGUGAUAGCAUCACGGUUGAAAAAUAAUUAUCUGGUGAUGUGGAUUUUCUUAUUGUAGAGUUAAUAAAAAUGAUAAUGA